AAAUCAAAUGACAUGAGCUUGUGUUUGUGAAACAAUGUAAUUUCAAUAACAUUGUUUAAAAGUCGAUAGCUAAAAACAUAUUUUCUAUUUCAAUGUUAGAUUAUUACUCUCAAUACGCUAUGUAUUUUUUUAAUAUAGUGACCAAAUGAUUUAGUUAUUAUCAUCAAUCAAUUAUUUGUUAUUGUUCAUUGCAUAAUUGCACAUAAAUAAUUAGUUUGUUGUAAGUUGUUGGGUCAGUGAGCAUUCGUAGUGGACAUGGACUUCAGCUCACGCAAUCCAGCAACAUCAAAUGCCCUAAAUUUAGCUGCUAGAAAUAAUGAUGUCGCGAAUGUUGAGCGUCUACUUCAAAAAAUAAAUCCAAACUGCGUUGACAACAGGGGAUGGACAUGUCUACAUGAAGCAGCUUAUAAUGAUAAUUAUGAUUGCGUUUUACUUAUUUUAAAGAACCCCCGAUGUAGACCAUUUGCUGAGACUCAUGAAGGUCACACUGCACUCUACUUAGCUUGUAAAAACAAAUGUUCACUGAAAACUGUCACAGCUUUACUAAAUUCUGCAGAUGAUAUUGCAAACUAUGGAAGCACAGAGGGAGUGACGCCUCUACACAUAGCUAGCAGUCAAGGAAGUGUGCAGCUUAUAGAAUUACUAAUAGAAUAUGGGGCUAUGAUUAAUGUGCAGGAUUUUGAUGGAGAUACUCCCCUACAUGAUGCAGUCCUAGCUAUGCAGAAUGAAGCAUUGGUUACUCUGCUGUAUGCUGGGGCUGACCCAGAGAUAAAGAAUGACCCGGGCUGUUUUACACCAUUCCAUUUAGCUUGCUGUAGAGGAUACUUCCCUAAUGUAGAAACACUAUUUCCAUUUAUAACUGAUAUAAACCAAGUCACUUCUUCAGGAGAUUCACCUUUAACACUGGCUGUCCAAGGGUUGAAUGAUGAUAUUGUUUAUUUUUUGCUCAACAAUGGAGCUGAUCCUCACAUAAAGAACAAAAGUGGAGAAAUGGCUGUAGACAUUGCAUUGAGCAUUGGAAGUAGUCCAGAAGUGUUCAAAGUAUUGUUGUCUGUAACAGAUUCAAGUAAAUUAAACAGAAAUAUAAUAUUUAAUGCUUGUAAACCACAUAAUUUUAACUCAGAAAUAUUAGAAAUUUUAUUGAGCAGCGAUUUGGGUCCAGAAUUUUUUAGUUUUUAUGAGUCAUACCAAAAGAGGAUAGAUAUGCUUGAUGAGCAAAAAACUAUUUAUAAGACAAAUGCUCCAUUGAAUUCAUAUCUGAACAUCUGUGGAUACAUUUAUAAGAAGUCUCCAGAUAAGUUUAGAGAAUUUUUCUAUUUGUUCCUGAUGAGAGGAGUGGAGGUUAAUGCAUGUGAUGUUAGUGUAUGUCCACCAUUAGUGCAUGCACAUCUUGUAAAUGGAUCAUGCUUCCAUGAAGUUUUCAAAAUACUUAUGGAGCAUGGAUGCAAUGUAGAUUACAACAGUGCAUCAGAAUGGACAUCAGACUACAGCCCAGUCUUUCCUGAUGUAUUUUACUCAGCGUUGAAUUUCUUUCCAAUUUCAUUACCAAUUUUACUGCAAUACAGUAUAUUGUGUGAGCCUGAAGUAAUACUUCAGACAUCUUUGUCAAAAGGGCAAUUGGGCUUAAUACCACCACAAGUACAACAAGAACUCUUGCAAAUGUUAGACAGCAAUACGCAAGGCAUAACAGUUGAGUCCCUUUCAUACCACGUGCCAUCAUUAAAACACAUAUCCAGAAUCAGAAUCAGAGCCAUGAUUAGGAAUGUUAAAGGAGGAAUUAAAUCAACACAACAAUUCUUCUCUAUCUUAGAUAGCUUACCUAUUCCUAAGAUAAUGAAAAACUACAUAAGAUACAUGUAAAUAACAACUGUUAAAAUGAUAUUAAAAACAAAAAGAUAUUAUUUUUGCGUAAUAAAAAUCAGCCUUAAAGCUUUGUUCGUAAAGUUUUGUGAUCAAUAAAAAUAUAUUAUUUAUAUUAAAAUGUCUUUAUUCUUAUAUAAAUAUACAGAUAUUAUGCGAUUACACAUAGAUAUAAAAGUUUCUACUAUAUAUUAAUACUAUACAAUAAAGAAAUACAAAACAUUGCUAAUGAUUACUGGUUACAUUUAUGAACUUUUAAAGUUAGCUCCAUUAGCCAUGUGUUCUUCAAUUUCGGCAACACUGCAAAAAAGAAACAUUGUUCAUGAAAUGAUGAAAAAAAAAA